AUGAAGCACGCUAUCGCCAUCGCCGCCAUCCUCGGCGUCACCAGCGCCGCCGUGAUCCCUGGUGCCAGUCGGCAGCUCAACCAGCGCGACCUCGAGCAGCUGGAUCCCCGCUUCAACCUCGGCAGCAUCCUCAAGGGCGCGGCGAAGAUCAUCCCCGAUGUCAUUGAAGACGGAGUGCAGAUCCUCACGAACCAGAAGCGAGACGAAGAGGAGCUGGCCGAGCGUGACCUCGAGCAACUGGAUCCCCGCUUCAACCUCGGUAGCAUCCUCAAGGGCGCGGCCAAAAUCAUCCCUGAUGUCAUCGAGGAUGGAGUGCAGAUCCUCACGAACCAGAAGCGUGACCUGACCGAGCGUGACCUUGACCAGCUCGGCGCCCGUUCCACCGGAGAGGGAGCCAGGUCGGCCUGGCCUACCCGGCCCCGCUCCGUGGAGGACGAAGUCGAGGAUGAGGAGUAG